CAUACAUGCAUUAUAGAAACAUCGUGAUACCUAUCUGGCAUUAAUUGACUGGAAAUAACAUAAAUCACAAAUGCCUGAAUACUAUUAGUUCAUUUAAUCCAGGAAGUGAGCUCCUGCCUUUCAUGUAAACAGUACUCAUGUAAUGUGACACUGCAAAAAGAUGAUUUGACUGAGUCCUCAUGAUUGUGUCAAUCAUAUUCUGCAUAUCUUUGUUACAGCUCAUGUUAAUUUGACUGUUUUUCCACAGGUGAAAUUGAAUUAAGCCAAAGCGUAUCUGUCCCUUCUCUAUUUUGGUUCUGACCAAGUGGGUAUUGUUCUACAAAUGGAUAAUGGAGACUGGGGCCAUAGGAUGAGUUCUCCUGUUACCUUGAACGUGGGAGGUCACUUGUACACCACCAGUUUAUCUACCCUGCAGCGCUAUCCAGACUCCAUGCUGGGUGCAAUGUUCCGGGGAGAUUUCCCCACUACCCGCGAUUCCAAAGGGAAUUAUUUCAUUGAUCGUGAUGGGACACUUUUUCGGUAUAUCCUGAACUUUCUGCGGACGUCUGAGCUUACCCUUCCUGCAGACUUCACAGAGACCGACCUACUAAGGAAAGAGGCAGACUUUUACCAGAUAGAACCUUUGAUCCAGUGCCUUCAUGACCCCAAGCCUCUGUACCCUCCCGACAUCUUUGAACAGGUCGUGGAGCUCUCAAGCACUCGGAAACUUUCAAAAUAUUCCAACCCAGUCGCUGUUAUCAUCACACAGCUAACCAUAACCACAAAAGUUCACGGCCUGCUGGAAGGUAUCUCCAACAACUUCACCAAGUGGAACAAACAUAUGAUGGACACCAGAGACUGCCAGGUGUCGUUCACCUUCGGACCAUGUGACUAUCACCAAGAGAUUUCCCUAAGGGUUCACCUCAUGGACUACAUCAUGAAACAAGGCUUCACCAUCCGCAACACCCGUGUGCAUCAUAUGAGUGAGCGUGCAAAUGAGAACACAGUGGAACAUCACUGGACUUUCUGUAGACCUGCUCACAAAGUGGAAGACUGAGUUUAAAGCACAGUCGUUGUGCUUGACAUUGCUGUUUGAUUUGUCUUCAUAUUACAGAAGUCCUGUGUAUACAACAGCACAUUUUGACAUUUGUUUCAAAGUUAUGUGGCUCUAGAAAUCAUUUACUUUUCUUUCAACCAAGGUGGUACAGAGGCACAAGGCUCAAAGUCCAGAUGUCAUAAAAAAACAGUGAAAGAUUUGAAUUCUUUAUUUAUCACCUCGAAAUGCAAGAAGACUUCCUUAGCUGUACUACCACUACAUUUUUGGCCAUUCCUAAAAAAUGUGUCCUUAUUGAGGACUAUGGAUGUAAAGAUUUUUGUAUGAAGCAGAAAGAUCCCAUUUACAAGCAAUGAUUAUUAUUUUUAUUUUAUUUACAAAGGGAAACCAGUGUACCCCAGAUAUGCUAAAAAUCUGCACCCUUUAAUUUUUCAAGGAAUGGUUAGGAUCAAAUGUGGUUUAAUAUUGGAAAAAUGUUAUUUCGAAUUCAUGAAUAAAGUGAUUAUUAACAGGUAGCCAAAUCUACAUCUUGACAUCAAUGUGACUUAUUAUCCCAAUUUGAAGGGGAAGGAGGAUAUUGUAAAAUGAUUCUGCCUCAUACAUAAACUGUCUUGGUCAUGUUUUGGACACUAAACAAUCAACUGUUUUUAAUCCUUCGUCCGGAGUGAACCUUUUUUAAUAAUAAAUCAUGAUUAUCUUUAGCCCAACUUACAGUAGAUCGUAAAAGUUUCUUACCUGUCUUGUCUCCUUGUAUGGUACUAUAAUUGAAGCCCCUCGUCAUUGUUGCAUGUGUCUGAGUGUAUUGUGUUUGUGUAUGUAGUUGUGUGCUUUGCAGUAUUAUGUCAUACUGUUACAGUUUAGAGCUCAUAUCAACAAUGAUGUGUUUGAUCAUUCCAGCCAAAAUAAAACGUGUAUUUGUUA